AUGUGCGCUAUUUUUGCUCUAUCUGCCGCUGCAUAUUUAUCGCCGAAGUUGCAGCUCUCCACUGACUCGGGGGCGGCUACUAUUCCCCGGGAAACUGACUGCCCAUGUGCUAUCGAUCUGCGUGAAAAUUACGUUAUUGGUGUUGUUGCGGCGGUGGCUCUCGAUGCUGUCACGGCGCUGUUCAUGAUCAGUGUGUCAUACACUCAGCAUUAUCGCUCUCCCAGACCGUCAACCCUGCUGCUACUCUUCCUGAGCCUGUCGCUGCCACUCAAUGCAAUCCGGGCCCGAACAAUUUGGGCGGUGCAGACCCGUUCGUUCUGUGCCGUCUUCAUCGCCAACCUCGGAUUUGACCUCAUCAAGCUCUUGCUAGAGUCAAUCGAACAGAGGCCAUCUCUCACCGAUCAAGCUACAAAAUGGCCACGAGAGACGAUUGCGAAUGUGUUUAAUCGCAGUAUGUUCUGGUGGUUAAAUCCAUUGUUGAUACAAGGGUUUAAAGACGUCCUCGAUGCCGACCAACUCCUUAGCAUUGAUGCCCGUGUCAACGAUGCAGAGGGUGGAGACCGAUUUAUGCAAAAGUGGGAUGCUGUGCAGCCCAAGUCUUCCUCCGCCUUGACGAUGCUCUUGAUGGUCCACCAUCGAUGGGCAAUUGCCUCGGCUAUUCUUCCUCGACUCUGUUUGACGGGGUUUACCUUCGCCCAACCAUUCCUCCUCACGCGCGUGGUGAGUUUUGUUUCCGAGGCCAAUGCGCCUCUCAGCCAGAAUUACGGAUAUGGCUUGAUCGUUGCCACCAUGAUUAUCUACUUGGGUCUGGCCAUUACUACCGCCGGUAGCCAGCACAAAACAUUUCGUUUGAUUACUAUGAUCCGUGGUAGCCUCGUGCCACUGGUGUAUAGGCACACAAUGCGCUUGGAUGUUGGCAUUGCACGGGACUCAGCUGCAUUGACUUUGAUGAGUGUGGAUAUUGAGCGCAUUAGUUCUGGUCUUCAGCAUGUUCAUGAAGUCUGGGCAAGCCCCAUUGAUAUCGGCCUCGCCCUGUGGUUGUUAGAGCGGCAACUGGGUCUAGCCGUCGUCGCAUUUGCCGCCAUAUUCGUCGUGUGCACUCUUCUUGGUCUUGGGGUGGCGAGCACUAUGGGGGAACGGCAGCAACGCUGGCUCCAGGCUAUCCAGAACAGGGUUCAGGCUACAUCGGAAAUGCUGAAGAACAUGAAGGAGGUAAGGUUGGGUGGCUUGCAGGAGUUGAUGGCCGACAAGCUCCGAGGUCUGCGGGCAAAGGAGGUAUCUGAGUCGACCCCUUUCAAACGAGCGUUGACUUUGAUUGUCACCUUUUCCUAUACCACAACCUCAGCCGGCCCGCUCCUGGCAUUCACUAUGUACAGCCUGCUGGCCAAACGAAAUGGCUUUCCCAUGCUAAACUACGACAAGGCCUACACCGCGUUAUCCCUAUUCGCGCUCUUGCAAUCACCUAUGGCCCUCAUUCUGGAUGCUAUUGCUGGGUUGGUCACCGCCUUAGGCGCGGUGGCUCGCAUUGGCGAGUAUUUAUCGAAGCCUACUGGAACCUCUGGUGAAAGUAGCCGACUGUCUCCUCCACUAGCCCUCCCAUGUGAACUCCUAGAUGAAAAGACACGACCGACGAUGGUGACAGUGCAGGGCUUCAGUGCUGGCUGGGACUCCGAAAGACCUAUGAUCCUGAAGGAUCUCAGCUUCGAGGUUCGGUCGUCCAGUAUCAACUUCGUGGUUGGCCCAGUGGCCUGUGGCAAGACCACCCUGUUGCUGGCCAUCCUCGGAGAAGUGAGCCGUCAUGAUGGCCGGCUGGAAGUGUCAGUUCCUCGUAUAGGUUACUGCAGUCAGACGCCGUGGAUCACAAAUGCCACCAUUCGGCGCAACAUCCUGGGUACCAGUGUGUAUAACCAGCCGUGGUAUGAUAAAGUGGUGGAGAUGUGUCUCAUCCAAGAUGACAUUGCCGGAUUUCCUCACGGGGAUCAAGAAUGGGUCGGGAACAGCGGUAUGACUCUGAGUGGUGGCCAAAGGGCUCGAUUGGCAAUUGCACGCGCAGUCUACGCCCGGGAAAAGCUUCUUUUGCUCGACGAUGUUUUCAGUGGGCUUGACGGAAAGACUGAAGAGCAUUUGUUUCAUAACCUGUUCGGACCAGAUGGGCUUCUGAAGGAGGCAGAGACGACCGUCAUCUUGGCCACUCAUGCGGUACAACGUCUCGCAUAUGCUGAUCAAAUUAUCAUCUUGGACUCAGAAGGCCGCAUUGCAGACGAAGGUUCUUCCAACGAGGUCAUCGCAAGCGCCAAGGAAAUGGUGUUUAGCUCCUCGAAAAAGGAUCAAAGUGCUGGGCCAUCUAUCGACACCGGCCUGGAUAUCUCCAGGGUUCUUUCGUUGGAGGAAGCGCCGACAGGGGAGGAUCGACGGACCGGUGAUACAGCGGUCUACAAAUACUACAUCCAGACGGUUCAUCCCUUCAGCGCGUCGAUAUUUUUCGCUGCCUGCACUCUCUUCGUUGUGGGACUCACCAUACCCCAAUUCAUGGUUAAAUGGUGGCUUGAGCGGGAUGAUGAGUACACCGUCACUCAUAUGGGCGAGUAUCUCGGCGCAUACGCUGGCCUAUCCGCACUGGCCAUUCUCUCACUCCCUGUCGCAGUCUGGCACCUCACCGAACGAAUGCUGCCACGGGCCUCGAUGCGAUUCCAUGCCUCUCUUCUAAUUACCGUCCUUCAAGCACCGUUGCAAUUCUUCUCGACCACAGACGUGGGCACGACUCUGAAUCGCUUCGCUCAGGAUCUACAAUUGUCGGAUAUGGAACUGCCGCUAGCACUCUUCAACACUUCGGUGGAAUUACUGCUCUGUACGGCCCGCCUGAUCAUCAUUGCCAUCACCUCUAAAUGGAUUGGCAUUGCUCUGCCGGCGCUGCUCGCGGUCUUUUACAUGAUCCAAAAGUUCUACUUGCGGACCGCGCGUCAGCUUCGGCUGCUCGAUAUCGAAGCCAAAGCGCCCUUGUUUUCCACAUUUCUCGAGCUAAUCUCUGGUCUGACCACUAUCCGGGCAUUUGGUUGGCAGUCGGAUUUUGACCACCGCAAUCGCGAAGUCUUUGAUCGCUCCCAAAAGCCAUUCUAUCUGCUCUACUGUGUGCAGCGCUGGCUGAACCUUGUGCUGGAUCUGGUGGUGGCGGCGGUGGCCAUCAUGGUUGUGGCCAUUGGCGUGCGCACUCAGGGACAGGUCGACGCCGGGUUUAUGGGAAUUGCGCUGGUGAACAUUGUACAGUUAAGUAUCAGUAUCAAGGCCUUCCUCUCCAAUUGGACCAAGCUGGAGAUCUCCAUUGGCGCAGUAUCUCGCAUUCGGGCAUUUGCUCUAGAUGCUCCGUUGUCGGAUACCGAUAGCACCGAGAGUGUGCUUCCUACAGGGUGGCCUGAGAAGGGGCGGAUUGAAUUUCAAAAUGUGACAGCUCAAUAUGAAGGCUCCCCUCAUCCGGUGAUUCGAAAUCUCACUUUGUCAAUUGCGCCCGGGGAGAAGAUUGCCCUGUGUGGGGCGACAGGAAGCGGCAAAUCAUCUCUCGCUACCAGCCUGUUUCGUCUCCUCACCCCAUCCGAAGGGAUGAUUACCAUUGACGAUGUGGAUGUGUCAACUGUGGCUCGCGAUACGCUAUAUAACCGGCUAAUCUGCGUCACACAGUCCCCUCAUCUAAUUGCGGGCUCUAUCCGCGAAAAUGUCGACCCCUUCGGUGCAACAACCGAUGACCAGGUUAUUGAACUAGCACUCAAGGAAGUGCAUCUCUGGGAUACGGUGGCCUCGCGAGGCGGGAUCCAUGCCCAACUCUCGGAAGGCUUGUUCAGUGUUGGGCAGCAACAACUGCUGUGUCUAGCUCGGGCUAUGAUCCGCCCAGGCUCGGUGGUAGUUCUGGAUGAGGUGACUGCCAGUGUGGAUCGGGAGACGGACCGCGCGAUGCAAGAGAUCAUUCGCCAUCACUUUGCAUCUCGCACUGUUAUUACAAUAGCGCAUCGCAUCUCCACCAUUCUGGAUGCUGACCGCGUCGCGGUGGUGUCAGACGGAGCCAUUGUCGAACUGGGCCCUCCGGGCGAACUCCUCGCUCGGGUUCCUCCUAGUCGGUUCCGAGGUCUCUAUGAGGCGACGGCCGUCUCUAACCAAUCUUCUGAGACUCUGCAGGAGAUUAGUUAG